CACGUGAUAGCAGUGGAGGAGUCAAGGCCGCGCAUAGAUUGUGGGCUCAGAGGGUUUUGUGAUUGCGAUCGCUUUGUAGGGUUUUUUUUUCCCCCUCACCUAGUAUCUUCCUUAGGACCUUUCAGGCAGAGAGAAAAUUGAAGAGGCACAAAUAAAUCCCCUGAAAUCUCCCCCUUCCAUUGACGAAACCUACCUUUUUUUAAAAGUGACAGCGGCCAAUCAGCCGGUUCCACCAAUGAGGUGACGGGGCUCCGGCUGGCGGCCCAACCCCCCUCGAAAGGCCUCAAAUGGUGGCCUCGGUUGUAAUGGCUUAUCCCUUCCAGUUUUCAAUGUGGUUGUUUUCUGGGCUUUGUCUGUUGAUACUUUAUAAAUAAUAGUAUAUUCGACUACCCGGAUAUGGCAACUGAUUCUAGGAACGGAAGGGUGAGGCUCUCAUUUAUUGUCUCUUGUGUCAAACGUGACUAACCACGUCGUACUGACGGAAGGGCUGGCAUCAGGGUCCGUAGUGUGAGAACCUAUGCAGUUUCUUAUAUUUCGAUACUUUGUGCUCCUUCUUGCAGCUCCUUGUUCAGAUGGAAACUUUCAAGUAUUAACAACACCUGAUAGCUUGUCUGAACCAUCGUUUGCUGUAUACCCGAUGGACAAGCCCUUCCUCAAUCCUGACUUAUGCCAAUCCUCUGAAAAGCCUGUUGUUGCAUAUUCUGAGAGCAAUAGCAGAGCUGUACUUUCAGCAUUAAGAAAUCUUCAGGAGAAAAUUCGUAGGUUGGAGGUGGAGCGAACACAGGCAGAGGAAAACUUGAAGCGGAUGUCCAAAGGUGCAGCUGAGAGCAAAAACAUCUUGGAUAAGAGCCAGCAAAAAGAAGGCAUUGCAGAGCUUGAAGUGGCACAACAUAGUCAAGCAUUGGCAGCACAAUUGUCAGCAGCAGAAUCUCGUUGUAACAUUCUGGAAAAGCAGCUGGAAUAUAUGAGAAAAUUGGUGCAGAAUGCUGAACUGGGGAGAGAGAUGGCAUUGCAGAGACAGGCACCUUUGGAAAAGAAGAACUUGGUGGAGCAAUCUGAUCUACAAUCGAAGCUUGAAAAACUUGACUUAAUCGAACGAGAAUAUCUUAGACUCACAGCAACGCAGACUACAGCAGCGAAGAAAAUUUCUGAAUUGGAACAGAAGUUAAGAGAAGAAGAACAUCAACGAAAACUGAUACAGGAUAAAGCUGCACAGUUGCAGACUGGCCUGGAAAGAAAUAGAAUUUUGCUACAAGCAGUGUCGCCAAUGUUCCCAAAAACAAAGAGAGCAAGAAGCAAGAGGAAGCAGCCAGUCCAGAAAUCUUGUACAAACCAUUCGCAUGCACAGCCUCAUUAUCGCUUCAACUUAAAUGAUGUACCAUUUGUUGCAGGAAAAUCUGCAAGUCCAAGCCAUUCAGUCCGUGCAAAUGUUCAGCAUGUCUUGCAUUUGUUGAAGCAGCACAACAAGAUUUUGUGCAAUGAUCGUGUUGUCAGUGACCAGCCAAUGGUUGGGGACAAAAUCUCUCAAGUUUCCAAUAUAAUGCCUGACAGUUCUUCUGGAUCUACCAUUUCCUCCACAUCUCAUGAGGUGCUGUCUGAAUUACUGUUGGCACUGCAAGAUGAGUUUGGGCAAAUGAGCUUUGAGCACCAAGAAUUGGUGAACCAAAUUCAUGAAGCAAAUUCAAAUGCAGCGAGAAAGGACUUGGAACAAGAAUUAGAGUCACUGGUGAAGAGAAUAGAAGCAAAAGGAGAUCAAAUCAGGAAAGUCCGUAAACACCAGGCAUCGCUUAAAUUGCAGGAAACCAUAAGGAGGAAGCAUUGUACCAGUGGAGAAUCAAGUUGGAAGAAAGCUCAUAAGAAUUUAAAUGAAGUGCAAGCUAGGGCAGCAACAACCAGAGGAGGUGAUACUACUUCUAUUAAAGUGCGACCGGGAACUAAAAGCAAAAGGAGCCUUUGCUUAUUAAGAGACAUGCAGACUCUACAAACUACUCUCCGAAAAGAUGAUGUUUGUUGGGGCUGUUGAAGUGAUGUGAAGGUUUUUGUUUUAACACUGUUGUGAAUUUCAAUCCCCAAUAUGCUUGUUUAUGUCUCCUUUUUAUUUUUUCAAUUAAUUUGUCUUUUUAAGCAGAUGUUCUAUGUGAAAAAUGGUGAGUGCAUGUUUGUGAAUUGGAGCUUUUAAAUCAUCUAGUUUGUGAGUUACCACACUUCAGUGAUUUCUCUUUUGACUGACUGUAAUGAUUGUAUGACUUCUAAGUUACAGGUGCUGAGAUGCAUGUGAAUCCUUCAAUUGGGGAAAAAUUGGAAUUCACUUGAUCUGUAAUUGGAAAGUUGUAGUCUUUUCUUUACUACUGCUGUUAUGGUUCCGUUUAGUUUGGUGCUCUGGUCACAGCACCAGUUACUUUCUAAAGUUCAACGGUACUUCAUUACAAAACUACAAAUUAAUCUAAAAGCCUUGUCAAUGAAUGACCUCCAGAUUAGUAUCUCAGGGAAAAUUAUCCAUUGAAUAUAUCAUCAUAUUUCAAGGUGACGAUCAUUUGUGUAAAUAACUUUUUUUAUUUCUCAACCCUGUAUUGGAAAUUAUGGUUUGUGCCCAUUUUUAUACAUAACUGUUUUUGGUCUAUUUUUAAAAAUGAAUAGACCGUGAUGUGAUUUUUUUGCUUCUGAUCCUGGUGUUCAGCAAAAAGUACCCUUGAGAGAGAAUUUCUUUCAAUAAAGAUUUUGCAUUUUUAGGUGAUUGACAAUCUGCACAAGGAUGUUUAUGCUUGCAUUUUUUUAUUACUAAUUAAUAUAAAGAGCACUUAUUGCAAAGAUUGCAAAUCCAUGAAUUUUAUGGAUGGCAAUUCAUGACACUGGAAGCACUAGCAAGUAUUUCUGAAAGACUAUAAUGAAUUCAUAGUAAAAGAAAAAUCUCCAUUCCUUUCAGGCCGCUCUUUAAAAAGGGAAAAAUCUAGUUCUGUCUGCAAGGGUUUCAUACUGUAAGGAUUACAGUUAUAUACUCACGAAUUGGGGUGCUACAGGCCAUAAUCACUGCAAGAAUACCCUGUAAAUUUGAACAGUUUGACUCUCAUUCCUACAACAGCAUGAGCCUAAUUGGUGUACAUAAGAACAUAAGAAUUAGGAGCAGGAGUAGGCCAUCUGGCCGCUUGAGCCUGCCCCACCAUUUAAUAAGAUCAUGGCUGAUCGUUUUGAGACUCAGCUCCACUUACCUGCCCACUUACUAUAACCCUUAAUUCCUUUACUGUUCAAAAAUUUAUCUAGCCUUGCCUUAAUAACAUUCAGCGAGGUAGCUUAACCACUUCACUGGGUAGGGAAUUCCAUAGAUUCACAACUCUUUGGGUGAAGAAGUUCUUCCUGACCUCAGUCCUACAUCUGCUUCCCUUUAGUUUGAGGCGAUGCCCUCUAGUCCUCGUUUCACCUGCUAGCGGAAACAACCUCCCUGUCUCCACCUUAUCUAUUCCCUUCAUAAUCUUAUGUUUCUAUAAGAACUCCCCUCAUUCUUGUGAAUUCCAAUGAGUAUAAUCCCAGUCUACUCAGGCUCUCCUCAUAAUCCAACCCUCUCAACUCUGGAAUCAACCGAGUGAAUCUCCUUUGUAGCCCCUCCAGUGCUAGUAUAUCUCUUAAGUAAGGAGACCAAAACUGCGCACAGUACUCCAGGUGUGGCUUCACCAGGACCCUAUACAGCUGCAGCAUAGCCUCCCUGUUUUUAAACUCCAUCCCUCUAGCAAUGGCAGACAAAAUUCCAUUUGCCUUUUUAAUUACCUGCUGCACCUUCAAUCCUACUUUUGGCGAUUUCAUGCACAAGGACACCCAAGUCCCUCUGCACAGCAGCGUGCUGCAAUUUUUUACCAUUUAAAACAUAGCCCAUUUUGCUGUUAUUCCUACCAAAAUGGAUGACCUCACACUUAUCAACAUUGUACUCCAUCUGCCAGACCUUUGCCCACUCCCUUAGACUAUCUAUAUCCCUCUGCAGACUUUGUGUCUUCUGCACACUUUGCUCUACCACUCACCUUAGUGUCAUCUGCAAAUUUUGACACUACACUUAGUCCCCAACUCCAAAUCAUCUAUGUAAAUUGUAAACAAUUGCGGUCCCAACACUGAUCCCUGAGGCACACCACUAGCCACUGACCGCCAACCAGAAAAACACCCAUUUACCCCUACUCUGUUUUCUACUAGUCAACCAAUCCUCUAUCCAUGCCAAUACACUACCUGUAAUACCGUGCAAUUUUAUCUUGUGUGGCACCUUGUCAAAUGCCUUCUGGAAAUCCACUUACACCACAUCCACAGGUUCCCCAUUGUCCACCAUGCAAGUAAUGUCCUCAAAGAAUUCCACCAAAUUAGUUAAACAUGACCUACCCUUCAUGAAUCCAUGCUGGGUGUUCCCAAUGGGACAAUUUAUAUCCAGAUGUCUUGCUAUUUCUUCCUUAAUGAUAGAUUCAAGCAUUUUCCCCAAUACCGAAGUUAAGCUAACUGGCCUAUAGUUACCUGCUUUUUGUCUAGUUCCUUUUUUAAACAGUGGCGUCACAUUGGCUGUUUUCCAAUCUGCGGGAACCACUCCAGAGUCCAGUGAAUUUUGGUAAAUAAUUACUAGUGCAUUUGCUAUUUCCCCCAUCAUCUCUUUUAGUACCCUGGGAUGCAUUUCAUCAGGGCCAGGAGACUUGUCUAGCUUUAGCCCCAUUAGCUUGCCCAGCACUGCCGCCUCAGUGAUAGUUUCUAGGUCCUCGCCUGCUAUAACCUUCUCGCCAUUAGUUUUCGACAUGUUAUUUGUGUCUUCCACUGUGAAGACCGACACAAAAUAACUGUUUAAUGUCUCGGCUAUUUCCUCAUUCCCAGUUAUUAAAUUGUCCUUCUCAUCCUCUAAAGGACCAAUGUUUACCUUCGCCACUCUUUUACGAUUUUAAAUAUUUAUAGAAACUUUUGCUGCCUGUUUUUAUAUUCUGAGCUAGUUUACUGUCAUAAUCUAUCUUGCUUUUCUUUGUAACUUUUUUUUUUGUGGCUUUCUGUUGGCCUUUAAAGAUUUCCCAGUCUACUAGUUUCCCACUACUCUUUUUUUGCUUUUUUUGUAUGUGUUUUUUUUCAAUCUGAUACUUUCCUUUAUUUCCUUAGACAUCCAUGGCUGGCUGUCUUUUCUUACAGUUCUUCCUUAUCACUGGAAUAUAAUCGUAAUCGUAUUUGUAUGACUGUAUUGACUGUAGUUCCCCUCUGUUUCAGGCAAUGGCUGGAUUAAAUUAACAAUUCUGAUAAGUGGGAUUCUGCUAAGUGAGAACACCCAAAACACUACUUGCUGUAUCUUGAAAAUCUUUUUUUUUUGAAUGUCUGUUGCUGGCUUGUGUUUUGUAUUGCUAACAGUGUGUACAGUAAAUAUGGCAAAAAUUGUUGAGUUA